AUGCAGAAUCCCACCGUCAUGCCUGGCAAGAUUGACGCAUACGUUGACUGCGUGUCUCCAUACUCAUACUAUGCAACUUUAUAUCUACGAAAGAAUCGCAAAGCUCUUGAGUCGCACGGUAUCGAAGUCGAAUUCCACCCUGUCUUUCUGGGCGGCAUCAAUGUCGGCUCCGACUAUUCCAAGUUCGACUCUGAGCGCGCAUGUAGGUACUUUGGUGUGCCGCCGAUCAAAACGCCGGAGUUCUUCCCAAUCCUAUCGAUCAUGCCCCAAAGAUGUAUGAUCUAUAUUAAGAAACAAUUCUCGCAAGAGAAGUUUGAAGCCACCUUCCUUACCUUGUGGGAGUGGAUGUUCUACAAGAGCAUUGACAUCAGCAAGCCAGAGCAACUGGCCAAAUUGUUCCAGAGCAAUGGGUACUCUGACUCGGACAUCAGGCAAAUUUUUGAAGCGGCAUCGAGUCCAGAAUACAAGCAGGCUCUUACUGCUAAUACCCAGACCGCAUUGGAUAAGGGUGCUUACGGUGCGCCUUGGUUCUGGGUGCGCAACUCAGAGGGCAAAGAAGAGCCUUUCUUUGGGAGUGAUAGAUUCGCAUUCAUGUGGCAGUAUCUUGGAUUGCCUUUCCAGGAUGUUGCGAUUGUUGAGAAGUCUAGGCUGUAG